GUUGCCCUCACGCAGCGGUGCUUCUGCAGUACAUGAAAUAGAAACGGAAUGGAAUAAUUAAGAAAACAGCCAUCUUCUCUGAACGCCGUUUGCGAAUAAUUCCAGGAGAGAUCAGACAGCUUGAUGAUGCCUCAUGAAGAUGCCUGCUGCACGGCAUCUGGGGACAGGACCAAGAAUGAGCAUUAUGAGCCGCUCAUCCUGGAGAGAGUGCCAGAAGAAGGAGGACAAAGCUGCCAGGUGGUGUUGUCACGCUACUUCAGGGAACACUGCUCCUGCUCACCACAAAAGAUCAAGUCCAAAAUCCUGGGCUUUGUCCCCAUCCUGAGAUGGCUGCCGCAGUACCAGCUCCGAGACUGGCUACUUGGGGAUGUCAUGUCAGGACUCAUCGUUGGAAUCCUAUUGGUUCCCCAGUCUAUUGCUUACUCCUUAUUGGCCGGCCAGGAUCCCAUCUAUGGGCUCUACACCUCCUUCUUCUCCUCCAUCAUCUACACGCUGCUGGGCACCUCCAAACACAUCUCUGUGGGAAUUUUCGGUGUGCUGUGCCUGCUAGUGGGUCAGGUAGUGGACCGAGAGUUGGCGGUGGCGGGAUACCUUGUGGACGGCGGCGUUGGCGGCAAUGGCAGUGCCAACCUGAGGGGCAGCAAUAAUAGCAUGGUGGAGGCAUGUGACAGGAGCUGCUAUGCGAUAACCGUGGGAGCAACUGUCACUUUCAUCGCGGGGGUUUACCAAGUGCUGAUGGCUAUCUUCCAAGUAGGCUUUGUGUCCGUCUACCUGUCAAACUCACUGCUCAGCGGCUUUGCUACGGGAGCCUCGCUCACCAUCCUCACCUCCCAAGUCAAGUACAUGCUGGGUCUAAAGAUCACCCGGCCGCAGGGCUGGUUCACGUUCUUCAAGACCUGGUUCAGUUUGCUGGCCAACCUGGGAAAGAGCAACCUGUGCGACCUGAUCACCAGUCUGGUGUGCCUGCUGCUGCUGCUGCCCACCAAGGAGCUCAACGACCACUACAAAGCCAAGCUGAAGGCUCCGAUUCCCUUUGAGCUGUUUGUCGUCAUCAUUGCAACGCUGGCAUCUCAUUUCGGCCGCUUCAACGAAGACUACGGCUCAGACGUAGCAGGCGAAAUCCCAACGGGCUUCCUGCCGCCACAGCUGCCGGCGUGGUCACUCAUCCCCAGCGUGGCGAUGGACGCCUUCUCUAUUGCACUAGUGGGCUUCGCUAUCACCGUGUCGCUAUCGGAGAUGUUUGCCAAAAAGCACGGCUACCGUGUCGAUGCCAACCAGGAGAUGUACGCCAUCGGCUUCUGCAACAUCCUGCCGUCCUUCUUCCGUUGCUUCACCACCAGCGCUGCGCUGACAAAGACACUGGUCAAGGAGUCGACGGGCUGCCAGACGCAGGUAUCAGGCCUGGUGAGUGCCGUGGUGCUGCUGCUGGUGCUGCUGGUCAUCGCUCCGCUCUUUUAUUCCCUUCAGAAGUGCGUGUUGGCUGUCAUCAUCGUGGUUAACCUUCGUGGCGCCCUACGCAAGUUCGCCGACGUCCCCAGCAUGUGGCACACUAACCGCAUAGACGCCGCCAUCUGGCUUAUCACCAUGGCCACCUCGGCGCUGAUCAACACGGAGCUGGGCCUCCUGGUGGGCAUCCUGGUGUCCGCCUUCAGUGUCCUGGGCCGGACGCAGCGGGCUCAGGCGCAGGAGCUGGGCCGGACCUCCGACAGGGACCACUAUGAGGUGCUGUCAGCGUACAGCGGCCUCCACGCUCACUCGGGCGUGGCCGUCUUCAGGUAUCCAGCACCCAUCUACUAUGCCAAUCAGAGUUUGUUCAAGAAGUCUUUGUACCGAUGUGCGGGACUCGACCCGGUAAAGGAGAAGUCACGGCGCAUCAAGUUUGAGAAGAAGCUCAAACGGCAGAACACCGAGCCAGAACUCCCUUGCAAAGAGGACGGCGAGGGCACCGCCAGCAUCACAUUGUCGCUGGACCAGAAACCUUUACGCAACUUAGUCCUGGACUGCAGCGCUGUCUUCUUCCUGGACAGCGCUGGCGUCAACGCCCUGAAGGAAGUGCACAGUGAUUACGCUGAGCUGGGGGUAGCGGUGGUCCUGGCUCAGUGCAACACGGCCGUGCUGGACGCCCUCCAUCGAGGUGGGUACUUCUCGGAAAAAAAGGGAGAAGAUGACCGCCUGACCUUCUUCACCAUUGCAGACGCCGUCCAUCACCUGCAGCGUGCGUUCGUGCCAAACGGCACAUGUUGAGAUUUACUGAGCCGAUAUCUUUAUGAAAACAAGUUGUGCCUUGUUAUGAUGAUGAUGAUGAUGGUUACUGAUUGUGCCUUCUCGGGCUGGGUUUACUCUGCAGGUCUCUGACUGUAAUGCAAUCGUUUCUGCCAGCUCGUCCUAACUGCCAUCUUGCAUGCUAAAAAUAAACACACCUAUCUCAAGUAAUCAAAAACAUCUUAUUGAGCGACCACCACCCCUUCCCCCCCUCAGGGAUAUCUGAUUUCAUGUUUUGUUUUGUAUUGACGCUGUCAUGAAGUGUUUCCAAAUUACAUGAAUCUUGUGGUGUAUAUUCUAUUGGCGGUUUCAGGGUUAAAAAGUGGAAACGACUUAGUUGACUAGGUAAGGUUACUGGUUUCAAGGUAUGCCAUGGUUUUAAAAAAGCUUUCCAUCAUAUGUUGUUGGUGCAAGAUGUCUGUUUACAAAUGGACCUAUGGAAAAUGUUUAAUGGGAAAAAGUUACCUACCCAAACACUUUAAAGUCAUACAUUAUGCGCUUGUAGAUCAAUAAUUACAAUAUCUUGAAACGUAUAUAUUUGCUCAUGGUUCUCAUACAGUCAGAAUCUGAUACUUGCUCGUGCUCACUAUGGGCGAGUUUUGCUUUUUUGGAGACAUACUGUACAUAAUUGUUCGUAACCUCCAGUCUACAAGGGAGGCAACUUUUUCUGGAAGUUUAUGUUGUUGUUACUGAAAUGACACCGUGGUGCAUUGCCAAAGUUUUAUGUCAAAGCCAGCGUAGCACAAGAGACAAGUUACUGACAUCCAAAUGACUGACACACAGAAGUAGCAAGAUGUAAUUUAUUUUUAUUCCACGUUGACACAGUCAUUAGCAGGCGUUCCCUCAUCUGUUCAGCAGCCAAUGUUCUAUUUCUCCGUCUGUGUGUUUGUCAAGGGUGAUGCACUUGCCAAACAACCACAGUGCUGAGCAAAGUUCACCCUCCCUCCCCCAAAAAAGGAGAGGUGUUUUUUUUCUAUAUAUUUAUUUCAAAAGCAAAGUCCAAAAUGUAGAGCUGAAAGCUUAAUAUACUGUCAAAAUGAAAACUUGUUCUCAGGUAAAGCUACUAGUAUCUAUGCAGAACUGUAGUUUGUGGUUUUAUGUUUUUCUUUUUUUAAACGUAUGUGAUCCAAAUGGUAAACACCGUUCUUAUCCAGUCACUGUUGGGAAAGUCUAAGACUGUCUUGUGCAGGGGCAAGAGCCUUAUUGAUUGUUGUUGGGUUUUUUUUCCCACAAUCCAAGCUGCUUAAUGCAGCUGAUAUAAAAGGUAAAAAGAGUCCAUUUACAUUUGUGUCACCAAUUAGAAAGAUUUUAUUUUAGCAUUACUGAGCUAUGUUGUUAGGAGGUAGCAAUGUCAAAAACAGGAAUACCGUCCACUUCCAACGGUCAAGGUUACACUGGGAAACAGUUUUUGUUGAGUUAGGUGUAACAGCUGUUUUUAACAGUUUUUUUGGGGUGCAGAAUCCAAAGCUGAUCUCAGUUUUUCUCUGUCAUGUCAAGUUUUUUAGCUGUAGAACCCCAUUUUUAAAAUAUAUUAAAUAGAUAUGUGUGUACGUAAAUAAAACACCGAGCUGGAAUAGUUACAAACUUUGAAAACUAACAAACAUCAUGAAAUGAAAUAGAAUUGACAAUGUUCUGCCCAAGGUUACAAUGUUAAGCGAAAAGCCGGCACUAAUCCUCAAUGCAAGCUUUGUUUUGAGGAUAUCGGAAGUACUGACCGAUUGGGAGCUGCACACUCCUCUCACUGCACUACCUCAAUUUUGACUGCACAAACAAAUUGCUGCAUAGCUGUUGAUGAGUCCAAUCGUCAUAAGCAGGCAAGUCUUGGUACAGCUAAUCAGUGGAAUGUUGCUUAUCUGGUCAACUGUGCAGAAAAAAAAAACAAAACUUGACAUGCUAGGAAAAAAAAUGGAAUUAGCAUGCCACAGCAUAAAAGUCCAACUCAACAGAAUUUAUCUUUCAAAUUGUUCCCCUGUGUUAUGAUCUUGUUGGAGCAGGUCCUAAUUGGAUUUGAACUAUGCUUGGCAACUGGCUUUAACAGUGGUGUGAAAAAUUGUUUCUUCUGUCCACUCCCAGCUACAAUUAUGCUGGAGUCCUUUUGAUUUCGAUUUUGUAUGAUGUCCAAUUCACAAUGCUGGAGGCUAUGAAUUGAUCUUGUCAUUAUUUUGUUCAGAACUAUUCACACUCAUGUUCACAGCCUUGAAUACAUGUUCUUUGCACGUUUUCACAAGCACUUGAUGGGCGUUCACCAACUGACACAGGUGACACCGACAUCAUAACAAUCAUGUUUUUUCAAAGCCAAAAUCUUUUGAUGUGUCCAAAAAUGAAAAGUGUGUAAAAAUGGAUUCACGUAGACAGUAGUAACAAGUGCCUUUGAUGUCAUUGUAAUAAUGUAUCAUCAUAUUUGCUUUAUGCCUUAAUAAAAUGCACAUGCUAUUGUU